AUGAACAAGGUCGCUAGAACCCUCCUGAGUUUAGGUUUGUUACUUUCUGUGGUAUCGGCAAGCACUUCAUUGGAAAAUGCUAAGCCUGAUGAAGUUCAAUCUGGAGCCGAUGAUCCUAAGGCUGCUUUUUUGAUGUCGAUUUCUAUGAUCUGCGUGUCUGAGAUUGGAGAUAAGACAUUUCUAAUAGCAGCAUUGAUGGCUAUGCGUCAUGAAAGGCUCCUAGUUUUCAGUGCUUCCACCGCAUCGUUGGUUAUUAUGACAGUUCUUGGUGGUGUCAUCGGUCGUACCUUUACAACGCUAAUUCCAAAAACUUUGACUACCUUCUUGGCAGGUAUUCUAUUUUUGAUUUUUGGAUACAAAUUGAUUCUAGAAGGGCUUGAAAUGCCUCGGAAUGCAGGCAUUGAGGAUGAAUUAGCAGAAGUUGAGGAUGAGCUUGCAGUUCAGGAUAUUAAUCAUAGUCUGCAUGCAGCAGAGGAUGGGUCUUCCAAGGAGGUGGUUACAAAAUACGUGUCAAAUAACAAGAUUAACGACAUGAUCAUAAAGUUCAUGAGAAUUUCUACAAAGUUUGUCUCGCCAACAUGGGUUCAAAUUUUCAUCAUGGUCUUUUUAGGGGAAUUUGGGGACCGUUCUCAAAUAUCUACCAUUGCUAUGGCAUCUGGUAGUAACUUUGUCUAUGUAAUGGUGGGUGCAUCCAUUGGGCAUGCACUCUGUAGUGCUUUGGCCGUUAUUGGUGGGAAGCUUUUGGCAACUAAGAUCAGUAUGAGAACUGUCACCUUGGGAGGUGCAUUUUCUUUCUUCGUUUUUGGUUUCGUCUAUAUUUACGAAGCAUUCCAUAGUUAG